GCCAUCUCUCGUGGACCGACAUUCUUCAUAUUCCGCCCAACUCACACGAGAUCCCGUCUCUCAUCUCUUUGUCUCUCUCCUGUGUGCCUACCACUAUCUUUUGUCACUUUAACUUAGAGUCCCAAACUUCCACAACUCUUCCUCUCAAGAUGUCUCUCGACUUUGCCCGUGCCGCUCUUGCUGAGCGCCGCCCUUCCUUCUUCCUUCCACUGGCUCCUGCUACUUCGUCGUCGUACCCUCACCCAGAGAGACGGCCCUCUGUUACGGAGGGUACGGUCAGGCCACGACGAGCCUCCAUCAGCUCUCCCACCGGUCUCCGGGUCCUGAAGCUCGCCCCCGUCUACUGCGGUGAGCACAUUGGCCAGAACAAGGACGACUUCUACGACGUCCCAGCCACGCCUCCCUCACCGGAUGUUGCUCCCUCUGCCUUCCUAUCUCUGGCACCGACCACCUCGUCAUCCUACCCGCAGAUGCCUGCCAGCAGCCCUGACGCUCUCCCUGAGAGCCGACGAUCCUCCUCGAGCUCCACCACGGGCUUCAGGGUGUUGAAGCUGGGCCCCGUUUACUGGGGACAGCACGCCGAUGACCACAAGGACGACUUCCACGAUGUUCCUGCCUCUCCUUAAACGAUGGAGACGUACUUCGCUCGAAUGACACACACGGCAAAUUGGCGUUUUCCUUUCUUCUAUUGCGUCUUUCUUUGUUUAUCCACCCACGAGGGAUGAAGCAAGCGAUAUCUUACUGUUAUUACAAGCGCCCCAAAAAAACAAAGAUUACUUUGGCGGCGCAGCAACAACAAAAGUUGGGAACAAGAGCGGAAUGACUCGAGGGAACAGAUCUACUCCCUCAUAGCCAGUGUUGGCGCCUUAUUAGCGCCUGAUUGUGCUCGGCUUGGCAUAUGUUAUUGGAAUGAAUUCGGAUGUUUCAAGCGAACUGAUUUUUUUGCCUCUGGCAAAUGAAAUUUAUGGAAUUUAUGGGAAGCAUGUAUCAGACACCUCUCAGGUGUAAUUUGAAGAUGGGUUUCCAGAUAGUACCACCUAGUUUGCAAGAUUGUGCUACGGGAGCACACGGUGGACAAAGAGGAUGUGUUGCGCACAAGAUGUGCAACAGUAUCAGAUCAAUACACAUACC